AUGAUACAGUUCAGCGUGUGCGUCAUGGGUUCAAGGACGAGCCCUCCAUCCGACGACCCAGCUCUGGCCAUCGAGCAGGACGAUGAGCUGCCUAAUGCGACCGAGGAAGAGGCUAGACAGCAUGUCGAGGAGCUGCGGAUUGCGCUCGUCGAACUUGUAGCUUCGAUGAACAUCAACGGACCGCCUAAUGCGAGCGAGCCAGCUACAGCUACAGAGCACGUCGACGCUCCGCUUGACGCGGACGAGGGAGCUACUACUGGACAACAUGUGGACGCGUCUUCGAAUGCAACUGAACCAGCUUCAAUCACAGAGCACGUCAACGGUCUGCUUGGUGCGGACGGGCCAGCUGUAACAACGCAGCAGGUCGACCCGCCGUCUAAUACGACUGAGCCGGCGAUAGUCACGCAGUACGUCUACGCCCGGGAUGAUGACAGAAAUGACAGUGAGACACCCACGAGCGCUGGUAACAGCGUUCCUGGAUUGUCUGCAGAGCUUAUGGCCUUCAUCACCCGGAUCGCAGAUGCCAUGGCUAAGAGGGUGGUCGACGAGCUGCGCAUGCAUGAGUUCAGGUUGCGCCAGGCCGUUGAGCCGGUCCCCCAAUCUUUUCCUGGAACCCGGGAGGCCCUUCAACAGUGGAUCCUGGACCGUGAGCGUAGGCUCGACGAGCUGCUUGACGAUAUCCUGGAAGAGAAGAAGCUCUGCAGUCUCGGUAUUGAUCGGUGCAUUGCCGUCAGCAUUGGCCCUCACGACGGAGUCCGUACCUUUGAUCCUCGUCCGGUGGAGGUGCCUAAGACAACCCUCCCCUCAUCCCCUACACUGACGACCGCCGCCCAGCCCCCGAACCCCAUGGGACUGGAAUCCCUCUCCGCACCUCCCCCCGACUCCCGCCUCGUCAUCCCCGGCAAGAUGGUCCAGAAAAUGGCCGUCCGCAGUGCCUUCGAGCCAUCCAGGCAAUUCACGAGCGCGCUCCUCGAUGAAUUCCAAUACACCUUGUAUCGUGAUCUGGUCCUCGCAGGCGAUCACGUCUACCGAACGUUCGUUCGGGAGAGGAGGCUGCACUGCAACAGGCACGGUGUUCCCGCCUGGAACCCGGUCUGCGUCUUCAAGGUCGCGGAGGAGGACUACGAGUGGGUCCCAGAGAGAAACAAGAAGUUCCUCAUCCGGAUGGAGUGGGACUGCAAGGUGUGUCGAGGCCACCACGGGCUUAUUGUGACGGAGUGA